AUGGCCUUCCCCGGGUUCGACGCCGAUCCCCAUAUGAUGUCCGACGACUUUUCCUUCGAUUCGCCCUUUAGUCCCUCCGGCUCCUCCAACGCCAAUGACGGUGUCCUCGGCAACUCCAUCUUUCCAGAAUGGACGAACGGUGCCCCUCGUGGCGACAGCCCCGAUGAGAUGCAAAGAAAGGAUCCGUUAGCUGCUCAAAUAUGGAAGCUCUAUACCAGAACAAAAUCCCAGUUACCCAAUCAAGAGCGCAUGGAGAAUCUAACAUGGCGGAUGAUGGCCAUGAAUUUGAAGCGCAAGGAGCGGGAGCAGCAGGCUCGUGCCUCCGAAAUUAUGAGUCCGACACCGAGUGGCAUCGCGCAAAUGCGCUUGUCCGAUCAAAUCCCACCCACUGGGCAUGAUCUUUCGAACGAUAUGAACCUUGAUGCUACUCCAGAUCCGAUGAAUCUGGAUGAUUUUAUCAUUUCCUUUGAUUCGCCCGCUGAUCAAUCUUCACAUCCACCCGCCGAUCGAAACUUUACAGCAACGCCGACGGGAUCAAUUCCCAUUAAAUCGCGCAAGGAACAUGGGAUGAUGGAUCCGCCGGUCGCAGCCUCAUUCACCCAUCCACCCGUGGAUCAGCGAACUAACUCGGAGUUUGGAUACGUUGCUCGACGGGUCCGCAAAACGAGCGUUGAUGAGCGGCAGUUUUUCGCCGGUCUCUCUGCCCCAACCCGCAAGAGGCCCGCCGAGGCCUCGCCUCAGGUCCCUCCGGUAUCCAACGCCAUGAUGGCGCAGCACUCAGAGCUGUCCGCUGCAUUGCCAGAUUACUCCCUCGAUCAUCCGUCUUCUGCCUUUGCUCUGCCAGGCAAUGGCACAGUAGGCCCUCGCAGGCCUCUGCAUCAUCACACGCACUCUGGCAUUCCCUACGGGUUAGAUACGUAUAAUAUUGGCGAUGACCACGGGAUUCACUCAGCCGGCCCUUAUCAACAAAACUUCCAUUUCUCACCUUCGGAUUCUCCAAUGGCGACUGGAAAUCCUUUUUCGAAUCUUUAUUCCCAGACGCCGCUCGCCUCCUCACUUAACUCAACUGAGUUCUUUUCACCCCCGCCUUCCGGUUAUCAGUCCACUGUGUCGACCCCGCAACCAAUCUAUGAAGGAGAACAGUCUAUGUUCUUUUCCGAUGCACCCUCCGUUGAGGCCCAUAUUCAGCGCCGUAUUCCUAGCUAUAUCCAACAGCGUCAGUCUAACUUGUCUGCGUCGCUACAGCCACGUUAUAUGUAUAAUUUGCCGAACGGUGAUUCUCAACCGGGAAGCGCAGUUACGGGACCGCCAACAACUCAUGUGUCUGGAUUUUCGGUGCCGCAACCGCAGCAUGUUAAUCCGUCGCAAGUGCUUCGACCCGGCGAGUUUUCCACAACUGCGCCUGCCGGCAGUAUGUUUACUUUCGGUGGAGAUUCGGACAACGAAGAUGAUGAUGGCAACUUUGGUGAACGCGGAGGCAUGACCAUGCCAAAUGAUUAUGUCUCCAUGGAUGAAUCCGGUGACACAAGUGCUGGUCUUCAUUGGGAUGGAGGCUUCCCAGGAUCUGUACAGUCUCUACCCGGCUUCAGUGCUCAACACCGCAAGCAUGUCACUAUCGGAUCUACCGACAUGAUGGAUGGUCCAUCUGAAUGGAACUAUGGAAGCAGUCUUGGUCGUGCGCACGGGUCCGCUGCUUCGGUGAGCGAAGUUCGCAACCGCGAGCAGGAUCCUCGUCGGUACGGGAAAGUCCCACGCACAGCAUCGACCCCCAAUGCUGCUGCAUUGCUUCGCCAGAGCUUGAAUGGCACGGUUAGUGGGCCUCCGACGAACCAUCCGUCCCCCAGCACUCCACCUGAGUCCGGCCUCAGCAGCGCGGUUCCGUCCCGCCCAGGUAGUCCUGGUGGAUCGAAAAAUGGUGAUCCGAACGCGGGACCGACCACUUGCACCAACUGUUUCACUCAGACCACUCCUCUUUGGAGACGCAACCCAGAGGGUCAGCCUCUGUGUAAUGCUUGUGGCCUGUUCUUGAAACUCCACGGUGUUGUCCGCCCCUUGUCCCUCAAGACUGAUGUUAUCAAAAAGCGAAACCGCAGCAGUGCCAACACCCUUGCCGUUGGUGCUUCUCGGUCGAACAAAAAAUCUUCCCGCAAAAACUCGAUCCAGCAUGCCCCAUCCACAUCGAUUUCAUCCCGAAUCAAUACAUCCGAAUCGCCACCCGCGAUCAACGGAUCCAGCACGAUGGGGAAACCCGGUGUUAUAGCAAUCGCUGCUGCUCCACCCAAGUCGGGUCCCCCAGCUGGUGUUGCUCAGGCUCGUGCCGGUGUGCAAGUGGCCCCCAGACGGCAGCGCCGACUCGAAAAAGCACCAACUGGAUCCGAACUAGAUGCAGACGACAGCCUCAAGUCAGCCGCUCCUAUGAGCCGGUCCAAGGUCGUGCCUUUGGCUCCAGCAAUGGCACCGCCCGCUGCCGCAAAUCCAGCAAAUCACAGCAUCGCUGGUGGGCAAGGGGCAAGCCAGGAAUGGGAGUGGCUGACGAUGAGUCUGUAG